AAAAAAAAAAAAAAAAGUUAGCUUGGAUUUAAGUUUCAACGUCGAAGAAUUUCCUUUCUUUAUUCUUUUGAUCGCUAGUUUUGUUGGUCCUCUCACUCUCUUUCUGCAAAACACACACAACUUUGCUGUCAAUCAAACCUUAAACCUAUGAUUAUAGCAGGAGGUACUAUUCUUCUCAGACUCAGCACCGCAACAAGGAAGGAAUAAACACACACGUUGACAAUUGAGGUUUUCUACCCAUUUUCCCAGGUCGAUUUUCACACGUGGGAAUUCAACUCUCUCAAGGUUACAUUUUUUUCAUGUCUUUUUUUCUUAAUCAUUAUUCUACUUCUUUCUGCAUGCUUUGCAUUUUUCAUCACUUUUAAUUAACUGAUUAUUAAUAUAAUAUUAUCUUAUUCUCUUAAUUACCAAGUUUCAUUUUUUAUUUUUGGGGUUUUUCACUUAGUUUUCAUUACAAUCCCCAUUGUUAUUGCUUAUGUUAUUGAUUCAAGUUAGUUUAAUUAUUUUCGAUCACUGAAAUAUUGUUAGUUUGUAUUUUGUUUAAUCACUGUUGAAAGUUUUGUUUUUUUGAUGAAUCGUGAUUGUAAUUAGUGUUAGUUGUGAUUGUGAAUGUCUAGUGUCUUUUGUGUGUGAUUGGAUUUUCAGAAUGUUCUCUUUAUUAGGUGAGAGGUUUUUCUGUGUGAAGAUUCUCAUCAAUUUUGUUUUUUUCUCAUAUUUUAGCAAAAAAAUAGAAAAUUUAUUUAUAGGAAAUAUGUAUGACUAUGAAUUAUUACAUUUUCUGUAGUUAUGUAUAAAUAUGUAGUAUGAAUUUUGUAAUAUGAUUUAGAAAUGAUUCAAUUUAACAUACAAGAUUUUGUUUUAGUUUUGUUUAUGAAUUUGAAUUGGUUACUAAUUCACUUUAUGUGUGAAUGAAUGGUAAAUGAAUUCUCGAGCUUAAUGCUUUUAGUUAUAGAAUGAAUUGGUCUGGGAUUUGGGCCCUCAACCCUCAAACAAGUGAUUCCCGACUCUUGCGUAUGAAAAAAAAUCAGUUGGGAAGGGAGAACCCACCUUGUGUUCCCCACAAGUUCCCGCCGAAGAUUAGUCACUGUUAAGUGGUGGUGGAAAUAUUACGCAAUGAGGGGCGAGAAUAAUGAAUGAUGAAUUGCUGCUUUACAAUUGACAAAAAAAUUUAUACUAUGCUUUCUUCAACUAACUGUUCACUAUUAGCAGAUGAAUCCUAUUUGUUUUGUUGACAACAAAGAAGACAAUGAAGUGAAAUCGGCUGAAGGAUUACUUACUUCAGAUGUUUCUGGCAUGGAAGAAGAUGAUGAAUUUGGAGAACCAGAAGUGGUACCUCGUGUUGGAGAUGAGUACCAGGCAGAACUUCCGCCAUUUACUGCAGCACCUUAUUUUUCUCAGCUUGCAAAAAUGAAAGGAGAUUCAGAAAUUGCUGUCAAUAUGCCAGACUCUUCUGUAGUAGGACUACCCCUUCCUCUUAUGUGGACACAUUCUGAAUUCGAUAGGAGUUGGGGUGGUGAGACUUUAAAAUCUGUCACAAGUCAAAAGGGGCGUGGUAUUUGUGAAGGAAAAAAUGUAGGAGGGUUUCCAAAUUUUAAAUCCUCUUACAGAAAUGUUGGGACAGACAUUAACUCGUGCUCAGAACUGAGAACCGAACUAGAUCAGCCAAGACACAAGUAUCUUCUUCCUGAAUUGUUGGGUUGUCAGUCUUGGACAGAUAUUGAAUAUAACAGUUUUCUUCUUGGCCUCUAUGCAUUUGGGAAGAACCUUAAUUUUUUGAAGAGAUUUGUUGGGACUAAAAGUAUGGGAGACAUAUUGUUUUUCUAUUACGGUAAAUUUUUUAGGUCUAAAGGAUAUUCCCGGUGGUCAAAAUGUCGGAAGUCGAAAACCAGGCGAUGUAUAUUUGGACAGAAAAUAUUCACUGGUUGGAGACAACAAGAAUUGCUAUCAAGAUUAUUUCCCCACGUGGCACAGGACCGUAAAACUACUUUGGUUGAGAUUUCGAGGAGUUUUGGGGAGGGAAAGAUGCCAUUUGAAGAUUACGUAUUUGCUCUAAAGGAUGCUGUUGGCAUUGAAUUCCUUAUAGCUGCAGUAGCUAUUGGCCAAGGGAAGCAUGAUCUCACAGGCACUGCUCUUGAGCCACCAAAGACGAAUCACGUAUUUUCUGUUCGCCACGAAAUACCAGCCGGCAAAGCUUGCUCCUCUCUUACACCUGCAGAUAUAAUCAAAAUUCUAACAGGAGAUUUUAGAUUAAGUAAAGCUCGAUCCAGUGAUCUUUUCUGGGAAGCUGUUUGGCCUCGUCUUUUAGCAAACGGUUGGCGUUCUGAAGAGCCAAAGGAUAAUUAUGUUUCUGGGACAAAACAAACUUUGGUUUUUCUUGUACCCGGUGUUAAGAAGUUUUCAAGAAGGAAACUGGAAAAAGGUAAGCAAUACUUUGAUUCUAUAAGUGAUGUACUGAAUAAAGUGUCAUCUAACCCUAAGCUUCUUGAGACUGAAAUUCAAGCAACUGAGGGUAUUGUAGAUAAGGAAAACAUGCAAAACAAACAAAACCAAGACAGUGUGUCAAAUACACAUCAAUGUCCUUCGUUUCAAUCUCAUAAUUCAAAGUGCAAACCGGAUCCCGUGAAAUUUACAAUUGUAGACACCAGCAUGGUUCAUGAAACUAAUAGACGUAAAGUGAGACAGACGAAAGGCUUACCUUUUCAACCUGAAAAUAUAUCUACCAUCUCAAGCUGCAGUUCUAGUGAAUCUGAGACAGCUACAUCUGAAGACUCGGAAUAUCAAAUUGAGGAAGCUAAUGCUUCAAGUCCUACUGAAGUUCAGGUUGAACAAGCUAAUUCUUUACACCAUGCUGAAGAUCAGGUUGGACAUGCUAAUUCUUUACACCAUACUGAAGAUCAGAUUGGACACGCUAAUUCUUCAUACCGUGCUAAAGUUCAGGUUGGACACGCUAAUUCUUCAUAUCGUGUUGAAGAUCAGGUUGGGCACGCUAAUUCUUCAGACCAUGUUGAAGAUCAGGUUGCGCGUGCUAAUUCUUCAGACCGUGUUGAAGAUCAGGUUUCGCAUGCUAAUUCUUCACACCGUGUUGAAGAUCAGGUUGGGCGUGCUAAUUCUUCACACCUUGUUGAAGAUCAGGUUGAGCAUGCUAAUUCUUCAGACCGUGUUAAUUCUUCAUACCUUGUUGAAGAUCAGGUUGAGCUUGCUAAUUCUUCGGACCGUGUUGAAGAUCAGGUUGUGCGUGCUAAUUCUUCAGUCUGUGUUGAAGAUCAGGUUUCGCAUGCUAAUUCUUCACACCGUGUUGAAGAUCAGGUUGGGCGUGCUAAUUCUUCACACCGCGUUGAAGAUCAGGUUGAGCAUGCUAAUUCUUCAGACCGCGUUGAAGAUCAGGUUGUGCGUGCUAAUUCUUCAGUCUGUGUUGAAGAUCAGGUUGCGCAUGCUAAUUCUUCAGACCGUGUUGAAGACCAGGUUGAGCAAGCUAAUUCUACAGACCAUGUUGAUCAUCAGGUUGAGCAUGCUAAUUCUUCAUACCGUGUUGAGGAUCAGGUUGAACCUGCUAAUUCAUCAUACAGUGUUGUAGAUCGGGUUGAGCAAGCUAAUGCUUUAAGUCCUAUUGAAGAUCAGGCUGAACGUACCAAUUCUUCAUUCCAUGUUGAGCAUGCUAAUUCUGACAACCAUGUUGAAGAAAUCUCAGAUAAGGGGAUGCACAUAAACUCAUCAGGUCAUGCUCAUAAUCCUGAGACCCUCAACACCACGGAAGUAGAAAAUUAUAAAUGCCACUCUGAUCUGCCUGAUGAUGAGCAUUCAAGGGAGCUGAAUGAGCAGCCAGUGAUUCAAAAGAUGACAUCUGAUGAUUGCACAAAACCUUUUCCCUGCGCCACAAAAAUGCAGGAGUUAAGAGCUUGUAGCCACGGAGAGUUUAGCCUUAGUGCUGAAAAUACUUCUAUGGACAGAAAAUUUGAUUUAAAUGAGCCAUUUUCACUGUCAAAUCCACAUGAAGCAUCGGAGGGCAUGGAUUUUUCUGUAGGUUUAGACACUUUGUCUUUCCCAAAUUAUCCGGCUAAAGGCAGUCCAAAUAUGAGCCAUGAAGGCAGUGUCACUGAAACCAGGAUGUUGAUCGACUUGAAUUCUGAAACCAGGAUGUUGAUCGACUUGAACUCUGAAACCAGGAUGUUGAUCGACUUGAAUUUUCCUCAAGUUCCACCUGACUUAUCACUUGAAAUGGAAAUACCAUCCUCUAAGGCAAUACAGCUAAACGAUGACCAAUGGGCGCAUACAUUGUCAUCUUCAUCCGAGACAACCCAGCUCAACAUGAAACCAGAGAUUCCUGAUUUAAAUUGCACGAAACCAGAGAUUCCUGAUUUAAAUAAGGAGCACCAACCAAGCAUUGUUAACCGCCGUCAAAGUACAAGGAACCGGCCAUUAACAACAAAGGCACUGGAAGCUCUUGAGUAUGGAUUUCUCAACUCAAAGAGGAAGAGGAAGAACACAGAAUCUUCAGACAAUAAUUCAAAGUCCCAAUGUUUACGUCCAAGUAACGAGACAAUUAUCGAUGUUACUUGUGAUAAUAGCAUUGGGAACUCUAUCGCAGACACAAGUGCAAAGGAGGAAAAUGUUAUAAGGGAAUAUAGUUUCAUUGUUUAGAAAGUAUCAAUAAAAAAAUGCCAUACAUGAAGUCCAAAGCCAUUAGUUUACAUUCACUUACUCUCUUUUUUCUUCAGUAUUUGACUGAUAGAAUAAUAAAUAGCAUAAUAUUUGAUUCAUAUGAUUAUUUGAUUAAUGAUUCAUA